UAUAUCUAAGAAGAAAAUAAUCAAAGUGAUCCAAAGAGAUUAUUAUAAAAAGGUGGGAGAGAGAGAGAGAGAGGAGAGAGAGAGAGAGAGUGAAACGGCUCAUAGAAAACACAAAAUUUUCACAAUAUUAAGAGUCUUGGUUUCAUAUCGCUUAUAAUGGUCGUGGGUUCCUGCACACUAACAUCUAACACGAAGAGAAGGGCCACCUACAAAUUUUCCACCGACAUGGACACUGAAGCUGCCACCAAGAUCAAGCUUGAUGCAUUGAAAGAAAGAGCUGGGCGAGAGAUCCGUGUUUUUGAAACAUAUGUUUCUUCAUCAUCAAAUGCUGCAUUAUCCAAUGAAGAGGUGACUGAUGACUUCUAUGAGUUUACUGCUGAAGAUUAUCACAGACUUUUGGCAGCUAAAAAGGAAGACAAGUUCUUGAAGACUCGAAAAAUCCGAGAAGCAGAAGAGGCAGCACGUAGGUCAGAAAUGACCAAGGCUAUAAUUAGAGUUCGAUUCCCGGAUAAUCACACAUUGGAGACCACAUUCCACCCAUCGGAAACAGUCCAGAGUUUAAUUGAUGUCCUGACUAAAGUUAUUGCACUGCCAGAGCAGCCAUUCUAUAUAUAUACAACUCCGCCUAAAAAGAUUAUGAAAGACAUGUCUCAGAAUUUUUAUGAUGCUGGCUUUUGUCCUGGUGCCAUUGUCUACUUCUCAUACGAUGUCCCUAAAGGUAGCACUGGUCCUUACCUUGAAGAAGAUAUCUUGUCUUUGAAGGAACUGCAUGCUGCUAAUGAUGAAGGCCAACAAUUUGAGCCUUUAGUACAGUCAAAACCUGAACCUGCUGUGCCAACACAUCCUCCUCCUGUUGAACAACGCAAACCUGCCGAGAAAAAACUUGUUAAACCAAAGUGGUUAAAAAUGUGAUUUCAAUUUCUCUUAGAUCCAGUAAUCAUUGUUCAGAAAAGGACCUUCACUUUUCUUGUGGGUCAACGUUAUAUCUUAAUUCAAGCAUUUCGUGAAUUUGUAGAUAGUGUUUCAAAACAUUGGAUAAGUUUCUUAGUGAAUGCAAGCGUCUUAUGUGUUUCAAAUUUUAACGUUACAUUAUACUUGUAGAAAUUUUCUUUGAUACUGAUUUGGAGAAUGCAAGCAUCUUGAAAUGUGGUUUGCUACUGUA